ACUGCCAUUGGUUAGGGUCAAAUACCACAUGCUCUGUAUUCAGAGUAACACUGUGCCAGUUGAGAAAGCAGGAGCCAAAGAUAUACAGUGAAGAAUGAAUGCCUUCGCAAAUAUUUUCACUCAGUUUGUUAUCUUUGACGCAAUUUUGGCUGCUCCUACAGUGAGACCUGUAACUUAUUACUCUGAAACCUAUGAUGCUGCUUUGGAAGAUCUGGACAACCUAUAUGAUUAUGAUGAAAAUCUGUCUGUUGAUCAGGCACAGGUAGAGAUUGGAACAGUCCUACCAUUCAUAACUCAAGAGAUUUAUUUACCCUCACCAUUGCCAGAAGAACCUGAAGAAGAAGCAUCCACACCUAAACUUGUUGAUGGUUCUUCACCUCAUGGACCAGGAGUUCUUGGUCCCCAUACACAUGAAGGCCUCCCAACUUGUCUUCUGUGUACCUGUCUUAGUACUUCUGUGUACUGUGAUGAUCGUGAACUUGAAGAGCUUCCACCUUUGCCCAAGCAAACCACCCAUUUGUACUCCCGCUACAAUAGAAUCAAAAAGGUCAACAAGGAUGACUUUGCUAACCUAAGCAACUUAAAAAGGAUUGAUUUGACUUCUAAUUUUAUCUCUGAAAUUGAUGAAGAUGCCUUCAGGAAUCUACCACAACUUCAGGAGCUGAUACUUCAAGAUAACAAGAUAAGGCAGCUUCCAGAAUUACCACCAACCUUGAUAUUCAUUGAUAUUAGUAACAACAAACUUGGUCGCAAAGGCAUAAAACAAGAAGCAUUUAAAGAUAUGUUUGACUUGCACCAUCUUUACAUCACUGAUAACAACUUGGAUCAUAUCCCACUUCCACUCCCUGAAAGUCUCCAAUCUCUUCAUCUGCAGAACAACAACAUACAAGAAAUGCAUGAAGAUACUUUCUGCAAAAUGAAGGAUUAUUCUUACAUCCGUAAAGCUCUUGAAGACAUCAGGCUAGAUGGCAAUCCCAUUAAUUUGAGCAAAACCCCAUAUGCAUAUAUGUGUCUACCCCGUUUACCUGUUGGAAGCCUUUUUUAA